AUGUUGCCACAAGAUGCAUCUGAAGGGACCAAGCGGCAGAGUCGUGUUUCAGAACGGAGUCAUGGUAGGAUGGGAGUUGGAGACUUCUCACUGACUCUGCCUGCCAAACCCGUCCCCGUAUCUGCUGUCGAAGGCCAGAAGCCAUACAAGUGUAUGGAGUGUGGAAAAGGGUUUGGCCAAAGUUCGCACUUGAUGCGCCACUUAGGAAUGCACUCAGGGGAAAAGCCUUAUCGGUGUGCGGACUGCCCCAAGGCCUUCACACAGCUGUCCAACCUGCGACAGCACCAGCGCAUGCACACUGGCGAGCGCCCCUAUGCUUGCGACUGCUGUGGUAAGCGCUUCUCCUGGAGUUCCAACCUGGCUCAACACCGUCGCCUCCAUACCGGCCAGAAGCCUUAUGCUUGCGUCCAGUGUGGCAAGUGUUUUUGUGAAAGUGCACGGCUCCUGGAGCAUCAGCGCACCCACACAGGUGAACGGCCCUACUCCUGCCCACAGUGUCACAAACGCUUCAGCCGUAGCUCUCACCUUGCCCGCCACCAGCGCCUCCACAAUGCUGCAACAGAUAUGGAGCAGGAGGAGGACAAGCGGCCUUACUGUUGUACCACCAAGUCCACUGUAACUAGACUCUGUGGCACAUAUCAAGGAAUGUACAGCCAGGGAACAUCUGUGGGCAUACAGGAAACCCCUUAA